CCUGCGGCACAGCUCCACAAUGGCAGCUUCGAACUUUAGCCAGAGCAGUUAACAACACUCCUGCAGGAGGAGGAGGAAGAGAAGGAGGAGGAGGAAUACAAGGAGGAGGAGGAGUGGUUGUUCCUCCAUGAUCUCCCCCGGUCAGUUGUACUAUUUCCUGGCCGCCCUGCAGCACCUCAUGAUGGGCAGUGUUCUGCUGAAGUGCGCCGCCGCAGACCUGGGCCUCCAGUGGGGGGGCUGGGCUCUGGCUGCUGCCCUGCGGACCGAGAAGUUCUACGACCUGGCAGGAUCCGGCACCUUUAUACUGCUGGCCCACCUGAGCCGGGUGUGGGGAGGAGCUUCUCACCUGAGGCAGAACGUUCAGACGGGCCUGGUGACAGCGUGGGGGCUCAGACUCGGGACUUUCCUCUUCAUGCGGAUCUUGAAGGACGGCCAGGAUCGCAGGUUCAACAACGUGAGAGACAGCCCGGGGACAUUCUUCGUGUACUGGAACGUCCAAGCGCUGUGGGUGUUCAUGACGCUGCUGCCCACCCUCAUGCUGAACAGUGAGAAGAGAGACGCUCCUCUGGGCCCGAGGGACUUCAUCGGCUGGGGCCUCUGGGGCCUCGGGUUCGCCACUGAAGCCAUCGCUGACCAGCAGAAAUGGAUCUUCAAGAACGACCCGGGAAACGCUGGGAAGUUCAUCCAGAGCGGCCUGUGGGCGUACAGCCGGCACCCAAACUACUUUGGGGAGAUCCUGCAGUGGGGGGGUCUGUGGCUGUCGGCCUCCUCAGUGAUGAAGGGUCCUCUUCAGCUGCUCAGCGCCGCCUCGCCGCUCUUCGUCUGGUUCCUGCUGCGCCACGUCAGCGGGAUCCCCAUCCUGGAGAAACAGGCGCUGAAGAAGUGGGGCGCGGACCCUCAGUUCCAGGACUACAUCAGGAACACCCCCCUCCUCUGGCCCUGGCCCAAGGGCUUCUGAACUGAUGGACUUAUACACCAAAAAUGAACACAAUCAAGUUCAAAUAUGUUUUUUUCUGUCAUUUUGUAAAAUAAAUUUAUCAUAUUUA